AUGACGCAGACCAAGUUCCGAGUUGCCAUAGUAAGCCUCGGUUUUAAUGAAAGCCGUAGAGGUGGAGGAAUCGGAGGCCUGGUCUGUGCUGCGGCGCUCUCUAAAGCUUCCGAUAUCGAGGUCCAUAUAUACGAAGCCGCUCGCCAAUUUGGGGAAAUCGGCGCUGGCAUAGGGAUGUACCCGCGGGUGUGGAAGGCAGACGCUCCGGAGGGACUGGAUUUUCAUGAGACGAAAGAUGCCGGCGUGUUCAGGUCUUUCCACCGGGCAGAGCUCCAGCAAGCGAUAUUGAAGAGCAUACCACCCGCAUGCAAGAUGCAUCUCAUAAAGCGCCUAGUCUCCUUUGAUGAGCCAGAAAACCUGGAAUAUCCCGUGACGCUGACUUUCGAAGACGGGACUACGGCGGCGUGCGACCUCCUCAUCGGCGCCGACGGUAUCAAAUCCGUGGUGCGCGCCUCCCUGUUCCGCAAGUGGGCAGAAGAAGCGGCAGAAGGAAAGCAAGAUGUGGCUGAAACUUUGCUAAAACAUGUUGACCCCGUGUGGACCGGAGUCCUCGCAUAUCGCUGUGUGAUUCCGAGGGAAAGGCUUGAGGCACAAGCGCCGAAUCAUAGGGUGUUUCAGAUGCCUUUGGUGCGUGUGGUCACGUAUUGCGUAUCAAAAGGGCGCUUGGUCAAUGCUGUAUUCAUGUUCACCAGACCGGAACUAGAAGGGAGCAAAUGUGACGGACCCACGGUCGCUUCGGUCUCGAAGGAAGAAGUUCUUGAUAGGUUUCAAGGACUUGAGAAAGACGUUGUCGACCUGCUGCAUUGUAUCGACAACCCGAUGCGGUGGGCAAUCCAUGCGCUCAAUCCACUUCCUUCUUUCGUAUCCAAGAGAGUGGUACUGCUGGGAGAUGCGGCACACGCCAUGACGCCAAAUCAGGGAUCUGGGGCCGGUCAAGCCAUCGAGGAUGCUUACGUUCUGUCCUCCAUGCUCACCCAUCAGCUCUGCACCAAAGCAACUAUCCCGGAUGUACUGUCCAUCUAUGACUGUAUUCGCCGUCCUCUUGCGAAUAUGGUUUUAGAGAACUCCAGGAGUAUCGGGAUCCUGUGGGACUUCAAUCUUCCUGGCUUCACGGACGAGGAUGUCAUGGCAAGGGGGGAAGACGGCAAGUACCAACCGAAUAUGGACAUCUUGAAGCAGAUGGGGCGUAAGGCAGAUGAGCUCCAAGAAUGGAUAUGGAAGAAGCCGGCCCAGGCAGAGAGGAACCAAGCGAUAGAGAUGUUGGAGAGCUUGCCUGCUCUGGCUUCCUGA